GACAGGCUGCAGCUCGGAGAGCCCCUGCUGCAGGGAACAAGUGAGGGACACCCAGGGAGCUCCGGGUGGCCACGGGGAGCCCACCCUGCCAGCCCCAAGGGCCCACCUCCCGAGGUUGGGGCAGAACAGGUGCAGAGACAUCGCUGCACAUUGCCCAGCCUCCUGAGCGAUGCCAGCCCAAUGCGCCCUGACCUCUAGCCUGGCCCUCCUACUGCUGCUGGGCACAGUCAGAGCAGGCCCUUUCUCUUCACGCCCCAAUAUAACACUCCUAGCCCCUCGGCCCCCUCCUCAGCCAGGGGGGAACCCCUCUUCUCAGCUUUACGAGCACACCGUAGAAGGAGGGGAAAAGCAGGUCGUGUUCACCCAUCGCAUUAACCUGCCCCCUUCAGCUGGCUGUGGAUGUCCCCCUGGCACUGAGCCCCCUGCCCCCACUUCAGAGGUGCAGGCCUUGAGGGUCCGGCUAGAGAUCCUGGAGGAGCUGGUGAAGGGGCUUAAGGAACAGUGCACUGCGGGAUGCUGUCCUGCUGCUGCCCAGGCUGGCACAGGCCAGACAGACGUUCGCAGCCUCUGCAGUCUUCAUGGCAUGUUUGACUUGAGCCGCUGUGCCUGCUCCUGUGAGCCAGGCUGGGGUGGGCCCACCUGCUCCGACCCUGCAGAAGGGGUGUCCCCUUCCUCCCCGCCGUCUGCUGCUUCCGGGUCCUGCCCAGAUGACUGCAACGAUCAGGGGCGCUGUGUCCGUGGUCGCUGCGUGUGCUUCCCCGGCUACUCCGGCCCCAGCUGUGGCUGGCCCUCCUGCCCCGGGGACUGCCACGGCCGCGGGCGCUGCGUGCAAGGCAGGUGUGUGUGCCGACAGGGCUUCUCUGGCCAUGACUGCAGCCUGCGCUCCUGCCCUCGAGGCUGCAGCCAGCGGGGGCGCUGCGAAAAUGGGCGCUGCGUGUGCAACCCUGGCUACACUGGCGAGGACUGUGCGGUGAGGGGCUGUCCCCAGAGCUGCAGCCAGAAGGGACGCUGUGAGGAUGGGCGCUGCGUCUGUGACCCUGGCUAUGCUGGCGAAGACUGCAGCUCGCGGACCUGCCCUUGGGACUGUGGCGAAGGUGGGCGCUGCGUGGACGGCCGCUGCGUGUGCUGGUCCGGGUACGCGGGAGAGGACUGCAGCACGCGGACGUGCCCGCGGGACUGCGGGGGCCGCGGGCGCUGCGAGGACGGCGAAUGCAUCUGCGACGCGGGCUACAGCGGGGACGAUUGCAGUGUGCGCAGCUGCCCGGGAGACUGCAACCAAAGGGGCCGCUGCGAGGAUGGCCAUUGCGUGUGCUGGCCCGGGUACACGGGGCCCGACUGCGGCGCACGCGCCUGCCCCCGUGACUGUCGAGGGCGCGGGCGCUGUGAAAAUGGAGUGUGCGUGUGCAACGCAGGCUACAGCGGCGAGGACUGCGGCGUGCGCAGGUGUCCUGGGGACUGUCGCGGCCGGGGUCGUUGUGAGAGUGGACGCUGCGUGUGCUGGCCCGGGUAUACAGGCCGGGACUGCGGCGUGCGCGCCUGCCCUGGCGACUGUCGCGGGCGCGGGCGCUGCGUGGACGGCCGCUGCGUGUGCAGCCCGGGCUUCAUGGGCGAGGACUGCGGGAGCCGUCGGUGCCCCGGGGACUGCCGUGGUCGCGGCCGCUGCGAGGACGGCGUGUGCGCGUGUGACCCCGGCUACCAGGGAGAGGACUGCAGUGCACGCAGCUGCCCCGGAGGUUGCCGAGGUCGAGGCCAGUGCCUAGACGGACACUGCAUGUGUGACGACGGCUACUCGGGCGACGACUGCGGCGUGAGGCGAUGCCCGCGUGACUGUAGCCAACGUGGCGUGUGCCAGGAUGGUGUGUGCACCUGUUGGGAGGGCUACGCGGGAGAGGACUGCAGCCUCCGUACCUGCCCCUCCAACUGCCACGGGCGGGGCCGCUGUGAGGAUGGGCGCUGCGUGUGCGACUCUGGUUACACCGGACCGUCCUGCUCCACCCGCACCUGCCUGGCCGACUGCCGGGGCCGUGGGCGCUGUGUGCAGGGAGUGUGCGUGUGCCACGCGGGCUACAGCGGCGAGGACUGUGGGCAGGAAGAGCCUCCCACCAGCGCUUGCCCUGGGGGCUGUGGGCCCCGUGAACUGUGCCGCGCUGGCCAAUGUGUAUGCGUCGAGGGCUUCCGAGGCCCUGACUGCGCAGUCCAGACAUGCCCCGGGGACUGCCGAGGCCGGGGAGAGUGUCGUGAGGGCAGCUGCGUCUGCCAGGAGGGCUAUGCCGGGGAGGACUGCGGGGAAGAGGUUCCAGCCAUUAAGGGCAUGAGGAUGAAUCUCCUGGAGGAGACGACAGUUCGGACACAGUGGACCCAGGCUCCCAGCCCUGUGGAUGCCUAUGAAAUUCAGUUCAUCCCCACAACAGAGGGAGUGAGCCCCCCGUUCACAGCACGGGUGCCCAGCUCUGCCUCAGCCUAUGACCAGAGAGGACUGGCCCCCGGUCAGGAGUACCAGGUCACUGUCCGUGCCCUUCGAGGGACCAACUGGGGCCCUCCUGCCUCCAAGACCAUCACCACCAUGAUCGACGGCCCCCAGGACCUCCGUGUGGUGGCCGUGACUCCAACCACGCUGGAGCUGGGCUGGCUGCGCCCCCAGGCCGAGGUGGACCGAUUCGUGGUGUCCUAUGUCAGUGCUGGCAACCAAAGGGUGCGGCUGGAAGUGCCCGCUGCAGCGGACCGGGCACUGCUGACUGACCUGAUGCCAGGAGUGGAAUAUGUGGUGGCUGUCACUGCGGAGCGGGGCCGGGCAGUGAGCCACCCGGCUUCCGUCAGGGCCAAUACAGGGUCCUCCCCCUCCGGCCACCUGGGGGCCACUGAUGAACCUCCUCCUGCAGGCCCUUCAACGACUCAAGGGGCUCAGGCCCCCGGCUUGCAGCACCGCCCCCAGGAGCUGGGAGAAUUGAGAGUACUGGGCAAAGACAGGACAGGGCACCUCCGUGUGGCCUGGGCGGCGCAACCUGACACCUUUGCCCACUUCCAGCUGCGCCUUCAGGUGCCCAAAGGGCCAGGGUCGCAUGACCAACUGCUGCCAGGGGAUGUCCGAGAGGCACUGCUGCCCUCACCCCCUCCUGGAGCCCAGUACGAGCUGUCACUUCGUGGGGUCCCCCCUGAGGGCGAGCCCUCUGCUCCUCUCAUCUACCAAGGCAUUAUGGACAGGGAUGGGGAAAAGCCUGGGAAGCCCUUGGCCCCACGCCUGGGCCAGCUAACAGUGACGGAUGUGACCUCCAGCUCCCUGCGCCUGCAUUGGACGGUCCCGGAGGGCGAGUUCGACUCCUUUGUGAUCCAGUACAAAGACAGGGACCAGCCCCGCGUGGUGCCUGCGGAGGGGCCCCAGCGCUCUGCCCUCCUCACCAACUUGGAUGUGGGCCGCAAGUACAAAUUCGUCCUGUACGGGUUUGUGGGCAAGAAGAGGCACGGCCCCCUGGUGGCCGAAGCCAAGAUCUUGCCUCAGAGUGAACCCAGCCCAGCAACCCCACCCCGCCUGGGAACACUGUGGGUGACGGAUCCCACCCCGGACUCGCUGCGCCUCUCCUGGACAGUCCCUGAGGGCCAGUUCGACUCCUUCUUGGUCCAGUACAGGGACAGGGAUGGACGACCCCAGACAGUGCCCGUGGAAGGGCCUGAGCGCUCGGUCACUGUCUCCCCCCUGGACCCCGGCCAGAAGUACAGAUUCACUCUGUUUGGGGUUGCCAACAAGCUGCGGCACGGCCCCCUCACCGCCAGCGGCACCACUGCCCCAGAGAAUAAAGAUGAGGCCCCAGAGCCCCCCGAGGAGCCCGUGCUGGGGGAGCUGAUGGUGACAGCAUCGUCCCCGGACUCGCUGAGCCUGUCCUGGACCGUCCCCCAGGGCCACUUCGACUCCUUCACCGUCCAGUACAAGGACAGGGACGGGCGUCCCCAGGUGGUGCGUGUCGGGGGUGAGGAGAGCGAGGUGACCGUGCAGGGCCUGGAGCCGGGGCGCAAGUACAAGAUGCACCUGUACGGCCUGCACGGGGGGCGGCGCAUGGGCCCCGUGUCCACCGUGGGGCUGACCGGUCGUCCAGCUCCGGACUACGAAGCUGUGACCACCCAAGUCCCGCCGACCAUGACCCCGGAGCCUCCCAUCAAGCCGCGCCUGGGAGAGCUGACAGUGACGGACGCCACCCCCGACACCCUGCGCCUCUCCUGGACCGUCCCCGAGGGCCAGUUUGACCACUUCCUGGUCCAGUACAAGAACGGGGACGGGCAGCCCAAGGCGGUGCGGGUGCCAGGACACGAGGACGGGGUCACCAUCUCGGGCCUGGAGCCCGACCACAAGUACAAGAUGAACCUGUAUGGCUUCCAUGACGGCCAGCGCCAGGGCCCCGUCUCUGUCGUCGGGGUGACAGCUGCAGAGGAAGAGACCCCCAGCCCCGCAGAGCCCAGCACAGAGGCCCCAGAGCCCCCCGAGGAGCCCGUGCUGGGGGAGCUGAUGGUGACAGCAUCGUCCCCGGACUCGCUGAGCCUGUCCUGGACCGUCCCCCAGGGCCACUUCGACUCCUUCACCGUCCAGUACAAGGACAGGGACGGGCGUCCCCAGGUGGUGCGUGUCGGGGGUGAGGAGAGCGAGGUGACCGUGCGGGGCCUGGAGCCGGGGCGCAAGUACAAGAUGCACCUGUACGGCCUGCACGGGGGGCGGCGCAUGGGCCCCGUGUCCACCGUGGGGCUGACCGCUCCGCCCCCAGAAGACACUCCUGCAGCCACUGGGUCCCCCCUGGAGCCGCGCCUGGGGGAGCUGACAGUGACAGGUGUGACCCCCAGCUCCGUGGGCCUUGCGUGGACGGUCCCCGAGGGCCAGUUUGACUCCUUCGUGGUCCAGUACGAGAACAGGGACGGGCAGCUGCAGGCGGUGCCUGUGGCCACAGACCAACAUGAGGCCACCAUCUCCGGCCUGGAGCCUGCCCAGAGAUACAGGAUGCUCCUCUACGGGCUCCACGGUGGGCAGCGCGUGGGCCCCCUCUCUGUGGGAGCUGUGACAGCUCCCCUCCCACCAGCUCCAGCCACAGAGUCCCCCCAGGAGCCGCGCCUGGGGGAGCUGACGGUGACGGGCAUGACCUCAAACUCCGUGGGCCUCUCGUGGACGGUCCCCCAGGGCACAUUCGACUCCUUCGUGGUCCAGUACAAGGACAGGGACGGGCAGCCCCGGACGGUGCCUGUGGCCGCAGACCAGCGCGAGCUCACUGUCCAGGGCCUGGAGCCCAGCAGGAAGUACAAGUUCCUGCUCUUUGGGAUCCAGGCAGGGAAACGACGAAACCCUGUUUCUGUGGAGGCAAAGACAGCUGCCCAAGGUGCCACCAGCCCAGGGGCCCCUCCUCGCCUCGGGGAGCUUUGGGUGACGGACCCUACUCCAGACUCGCUGCGCCUCUCCUGGACGGUCCCCGAGGGCUCCUUCGACUCCUUUGUGGUCCAGUUCAAGGACAGGGACGGGCCCCGGACGGUGCCGGUGGAGGGACAGGAGCGCUCAGUCACCAUCACCCCUUUGGACAGCGGCCACAAGUACAAAUUCCUCCUCUAUGGCCUCCUGGGCAGGAGACGCCACGGCCUCCUCACCGCUGAAGGCACCACAGAGACCCAGAGUGCUCCGGAUGGUGCUGGGACAAAGCUUCCCCCAAAACCCCAUCUGGGGGAGGAGCUGCAGGUGACCAGCGUGACACCAGACUCCGUGGGCCUCGCGUGGACGGUCCCCGAGGGCCAGUUUGACUCCUUCGUGGUCCAGUACGAGGACAGGGACGGGCAGCAGCAGGCGGUGCCUGUGGAGGGCAGCCUGAGGGAGGUCCGGGUCUCGGGCCUGGACCCCGCCCGCAGGUACAUGCUGCUUCUCUACGGCCUGUACAAGGGCAGGCGCGUGGGGCCCGUCUCUGCCAUCGCCGUGACAGCCCCCAGGGAGGAAAUAGGAGCUGAGACCACGGCCCCAAACCCUCCAGAGUCUGAGCCCCACUUCAGGGAGCUGACCGUGGACGAGACCACCCCACACACCCUGCACCUGUCCUGGACAGUCACUGAGGGGGAGUUUGACUCCUUCGAGGUCCAAUACACACACCAGGAUGGGCAACUCCAAGUUGUCAGUGUAGGGGGCAACCAGCACAGCAUCACCCUCUCUGGCCUGGAGUCCAACCACAGAUACCUGGUGAAUUUGUACGGUUUCCGUGGCCAGCAGCGUCUGGGUCCUGCCCAGGUCCAGGCCCUCACAGUCCCAACAGAAGAGGAGGGUGAACCUUCAGAACCUCCCACCAUGACCCCGGAGCCUCCCAUCAAGCCGCGCCUGGGGGAGCUGACAGUGAUGGACGCCACCCCCGACACCCUGCGCCUCUCCUGGACCGUCCCCGAGGGCCAGUUUGACCACUUCCUGGUCCAGUACAAGAACGGGGACGGGCAGCCCAAGGCGGUGCGGGUGCCAGGACACGAGGACGGGGUCACCAUCUUGGGCCUGGAGCCCGACCACAAGUACAAGAUGAACCUGUAUGGCUUCCAUGACGGCCAGCGCCAGGGCCCCGUCUCUGCCAUGGGGGUGACAGCUGCAGAGGAAGAGACCCCCAGCCCCGCAGAGCCCAGCACAGAGGCCCCAGAGCCCCCCGAGGAGCCCGUGCUGGGGGAGCUGAUGGUGACAGCAUCGUCCCCGGACUCGCUGAGCCUGUCCUGGACCGUCCCCCAGGGCCACUUCGACUCCUUCACCGUCCAGUACAAGGACAGGGACGGGCGUCCCCAGGUGGUGCGUGUCGGGGGUGAGGAGAGCGAGGUGACCGUGCGGGGCCUGGAGCCGGGGCGCAAGUACAAGAUGCACCUGUACGGCCUGCACGGGGGGCGGCGCAUGGGCCCCGUGUCCACCGUGGGCCUGACCGCUCCCAAAGACGAGCCGCGCCUGGGGGAGCUGACAGUGACGGACGCCACCCCCGACACCCUGCGCCUCUCCUGGACCGUCCCCGAGGGCCAGUUUGACCACUUCCUGGUCCAGUACAAGAACGGGGACGGGCAGCCCAAGGCGGUGCGGGUGCCAGGACACGAGGACGGGGUCACCAUCUCGGGCCUGGAGCCCGACCACAAGUACAAGAUGAACCUGUAUGGCUUCCAUGACGGCCAGCGCCAGGGCCCCGUCUCUGCCAUGGGGGUGACAGCUGCAGAGGAAGAGACCCCCAGCCCCGCAGAGCCCAGCACAGAGGCCCCAGAGCCCCCCGAGGAGCCCGUGCUGGGGGAGCUGAUGGUGACAGCAUCGUCCCCGGACUCGCUGAGCCUGUCCUGGACCGUCCCCCAGGGCCACUUCGACUCCUUCACCGUCCAGUACAAGGACAGGGACGGGCGUCCCCAGGUGGUGCGUGUCGGGGGUGAGGAGAGCGAGGUGACCGUGCAGGGCCUGGAGCCGGGGCGCAAGUACAAGAUGCACCUGUACGGCCUGCACGGGGGGCGGCGCAUGGGCCCCGUGUCCACCGUGGGGCUGACCGCUCCGGACUACGAAGCUGUGACCACCCAAGUCCCGCCGACCAUGACCCCGGAGCCUCCCAUCAAGCCGCGCCUGGGGGAGCUGACAGUGACGGACGCCACCCCCGACACCCUGCGCCUCUCCUGGACCGUCCCCGAGGGCCAGUUUGACCACUUCCUGGUCCAGUACAAGAACGGGGACGGGCAGCCCAAGGCGGUGCGGGUGCCAGGACACGAGGACGGGGUCACCAUCUCGGGCCUGGAGCCCGACCACAAGUACAAGAUGAACCUGUAUGGCUUCCAUGACGGCCAGCGCCAGGGCCCCGUCUCUGCCGUGGGGGUGACAGCUGCAGAGGAAGAGACCCCCAGCCCCGCAGAGCCCAGCACAGAGGCCCCAGAGCCCCCAGAGCCCCCCAAGGAGCCCGUGCUGGGGGAGCUGAUGGUGACAGCAUCGUCCCCGGACUCGCUGAGCCUGUCCUGGACCGUCCCCCAGGGCCACUUCGACUCCUUCACCGUGCAGUACAAGGACAGGGACGGGCGUCCCCAGGUGGUGCGUGUCGGGGGUGAGGAGAGCGAGGUGACCGUGCAGGGCCUGGAGCCGGGGCGCAAGUACAAGAUGCACCUGUACGGCCUGCACGGGGGGCAGCGCAUGGGCCCCGUGUCCACCGUGGGCCUGACCGCUCCCAAGGUGGAGGUGGAUGAGACCCCCAGCCCCACAGAACCCAGCACAGAGGCCCCAGAGCCCCCCGAGGAGCCCGUGCUGGGGGAGCUGAUGGUGACAGCAUCGUCCCCGGACUCGCUGAGCCUGUCCUGGACCGUCCCCCAGGGCCACUUCGACUCCUUCACCGUCCAGUACAAGGACAGGGACGGGCGUCCGCAGGUGGUGCGUGUCGGGGGUGAGGAGAGCGAGGUGACCGUGCGGGGCCUGGAGCCGGGGCGCAAGUACAAGAUGCACCUGUACGGCCUGCACGGGGGGCGGCGCAUGGGCCCCGUGUCCACCGUGGGGCUGACCGCUCCGGACUACGAAGCUGUGACCACCCAAGUCCCGCCGACCAUGACCCCGGAGCCUCCCAUCAAGCCGCGCCUGGGGGAGCUGACAGUGACGGACGCCACCCCCGACACCCUGCGCCUCUCCUGGACCGUCCCCGAGGGCCAGUUUGACCACUUCCUGGUCCAGUACAAGAACGGGGACGGGCAGCCCAAGGCGGUGCGGGUGCCAGGACACGAGGACGGGGUCACCAUCUCGGGCCUGGAGCCCGACCACAAGUACAAGAUGAACCUGUAUGGCUUCCAUGACGGCCAGCGCCAGGGCCCCGUCUCUGCCGUGGGGGUGACAGCUGCAGAGGAAGAGACCCCCAGCCCCGCAGAGCCCAGCACAGAGGCCCCAGAGCCCCCCGAGGAGCCCGUGCUGGGGGAGCUGAUGGUGACAGCAUCGUCCCCGGACUCGCUGAGCCUGUCCUGGACCGUCCCCCAGGGCCACUUCGACUCCUUCACCGUCCAGUACAAGGACAGGGACGGGCGUCCCCAGGUGGUGCGUGUCGGGGGUGAGGAGAGCGAGGUGACCGUGCGGGGCCUGGAGCCGGGGCGCAAGUACAAGAUGCACCUGUACGGCCUGCACGGGGGGCGGCGCAUGGGCCCCGUGUCCACCGUGGGGCUGACCGCUCCGGACUACGAAGCUGUGACCACCCAAGUCCCGCCGACCAUGACCCCGGAGCCUCCCAUCAAGCCGCGCCUGGGAGAGCUGACAGUGACGGACGCCACCCCCGACACCCUGCGCCUCUCCUGGACCGUCCCCGAGGGCCAGUUUGACCACUUCCUGGUCCAGUACAAGAACGGGGACGGGCAGCCCAAGGCGGUGCGGGUGCCAGGACACGAGGACGGGGUCACCAUCUCGGGCCUGGAGCCCGACCACAAGUACAAGAUGAACCUGUAUGGCUUCCAUGACGGCCAGCGCCAGGGCCCCGUCUCUGCCGUGGGGGUGACAGAAGAAGAGACCCCAAGCCCCGCAGAGCCCAGCACAGAGGCCCCAGAGCCCCCCGAGGAGCCCGUGCUGGGGGAGCUGAUGGUGACAGCAUCGUCCCCGGACUCGCUGAGCCUGUCCUGGACCGUCCCCCAGGGCCACUUCGACUCCUUCACCGUGCAGUACAAGGACAGGGACGGGCGUCCGCAGGUGGUGCGUGUCGGGGGUGAGGAGAGCGAGGUGACCGUGCGGGGCCUGGAGCCGGGGCGCAAGUACAAGAUGCACCUGUACGGCCUGCACGGGGGGCGGCGCAUGGGCCCCGUGUCCACCGUGGGCCUGACCGGCCUGAGCAAGCUGUCUGCCUGUCACCGCUCCUGUCACUCUCCCGCACCUCUCUCCUUUUCAGCCCCAGACACCACACCUGCUCCUCGCCUGGGGGAGCUGACAGUGAGGGACGUGACCCCAGACGCCGUGAGGCUCUCGUGGACGGUCCCCCAGGGCAAAUUUGACUCCUUCGUGGUCCAGUACAAGGACAGGGACGGGCAGCCCCAGGCGGUGCCUGUGGCCGCAGACCAGCUAGAGGUCACCGUCACCGGCCUGGAGCCCAGCCGGAAGUACAAGUUCCUGCUCUACGGGCUGGUGGGCAGGAAGCAGCUGGGCCCCGUCUCUGCUGAAGGCACCACAGCUCCCCUGGAGAAGGAGUGGCAGCCCCCACCCCGCCUAGGGGAGCUGACAGUGACGGAUGAGACCCUAGAUUCCCUGCACCUGGUGUGGACCGUGGCCCAGGGCCCCUUUGACUCCUUCAUGGUCCAGUACAGGGACACAAACGGGCUGACCCGGGAAGUGCCCAUGGCCGCACACCAGCGGGAGGCCACCAUAGCUGGCCUGGAGCCUGGCAGGAAAUACAAGUUCCUGCUCUACGGGCUCCUGGGAGGACAGCGCCUGGGCCCUGUCUCUGUCCUGGGAGUGACAGCUCCAGAAGAGGACACGCCCGUGCUCUGGCACCCUGCCACAGAGGCCCCCAAGACCCCUGCAGGGCCCCGCCUGGGGGAGCUGGUAGUGAAUAACAGGACCCCAGACUCCCUGCACCUCUCAUGGACCGUGGCCCAGGGCCCCUUUGACUCCUUUGUGGUCCAGUAUUGGGACACAAACAGGCAGCCCCAGGCCUUGCUCGUGGGUGGCGACCAGAACAAGGUCCUUGUGUCAGGCCUGGAGCCCAGCACCCCCUACAAGUUCUUCCUCUACGGCCUCCAUGAGGGGAAGCGCCUGGGACCUGUCUCAGCUGAGGGCACCACAGGGUCAGCUCCUGCAGGUCAGACCCCAGGGGAGCCAGGGCCCCGGCUGUCCCAGCUGUCUGUGACUGACGUGACCACCAGCUCUCUGCGACUCAACUGGGAGGCGCCCUCUGGGGCCUUCGACUCCUUCCUGCUUCGAUACGGGGUCCCGUCAGCAAGCUCCAUGGGGCCGCCUCAGCGCCCCCUGCUGCAGCGGGAGGUGACCAUGCCCGGGUCGCAGCGCUCGGCCGUGCUCCGGGACCUGCGUCCCGGGACCCUGUACAGCCUGACACUGUAUGGGCUGCGCGGGCCCCACAAGGCGGACAGCGUGCAGGGCACCGCCCGCACCCUCAGCCCAGUACUGGAGAGCCCCCGUGACCUCCAAUUCAGUGAAAUUGGGGAGACUUCAGCCAAGGUCAGCUGGAUGCCCCCACCAUCCAGAGUCGACAGCUUCAAAGUUUCCUACCAGCUGGCGGAUGGAGGGGAGCCACAGAGUGUGCGAGUGGACGGCCGAGCCCGGGCCCAGAAACUCCAGGGGCUGAUCCCAGGCGCCCACUAUGAGGUGACAGUGGUGUCCGUCCGAGGCUUUGAGGAGAGCGAGCCUCUCACCGGGUUCCUCACCACGGUUCCUGAUGGCCCCACGCAGCUGCGCGCACUGAACUUGUCGGCAGGAACCGCCGUGCUGCACUGGAAGCCCCCCCAGGCCCCUGUGGACACGUAUGCCGUCCAGGUCGCAGCCCCAGGCGCCCCCUCUCUGCAGGCCUCAGCCCCUGGCAGCGCUGUGGACUACCCCCUGCACGGCCUCACACUCCACACCAACUACACAGCCACCGUGCGUGGCCUUAGGGGCCCCAACUUCACCUCUGCAGCCAGCAUCACCUUUACCACAGGGUUGAGGGGCCCCUGGGACUUCGAGGCCAAGGAAGUGACCCCCCGCACAGCCCUGCUUACUUGGACAGAGCCCCAAGUGCCCCCAACUGGCUACCUGCUCAACUAUGACACCCCUGGUGGACAGUCCCAGGAGAUCCUGCUCCCAGGAGGUGUCACUUCUCACCAGCUCCUGGGCCUCUUUCCCUCUACCACCUACAGAGCCUGGCUCCGGGCCAUGUGGGGCGAGAGUCUCACGCCGCCCAUGUCCACCUCCUUCACCACUGGUGGGCUGCGGAUCCCCUUCCCCCGGGACUGUGGGGAGGAGAUGCAGAAUGGGGCUGGCACCUCCAGGACCACCACCAUCUUCCUCAACGGCAACCGCGAGCGGCCACUGAACGUGUUUUGUGACAUGGAGACCGAUGGGGGCGGCUGGCUGGUGUUCCAGCGCCGCAUGGAUGGACACACAGACUUCUGGAGGGACUGGGAGGACUACGCCCAUGGUUUUGGGAACAUCUCCGGGGAGUUCUGGCUGGGCAAUGAGGCCCUGCACAGCCUGACGAGAGCCGGAGACUACUCCAUGCGCGUGGACCUUCGGGCUGGGGACGAGGUGGUGUUCGCCCAGUACGACUCUUUCCGGGUGGACGCUGCCGAGGACUACUACCGCCUGCACCUGGAGGGCUACCACGGCACCGCAGGGGACUCCAUGAGCUACCACAGCGGCAGUGUCUUCUCUGCCCGGGACCGAGACCCCAAUAACUUGCUCAUCUCCUGCGCCGUUUCCUACCGCGGGGCCUGGUGGUACAGGAACUGCCACUAUGCCAACCUCAACGGGCUCUACGGGAGCACAGUGGACCACCAGGGAGUGAGCUGGUACCACUGGAAGGGCUUUGAGUUCUCCGUGCCCUUCACGGAAAUGAAGCUGCGACCCAGAGGCUACCGGGCGCCCGCCUGGGAAAGCUGAGCCUCGGCCCACCUCCCCCACCCGCUACGACUGCCAAGCACUGAGGGCCGCGGAGAGAAGAGCCCGGCCGCCUUCACCACCCAGCCGCCAAAGGAAGCCUUCUCCGCCGCGACCUCACAGCACUAUGUUUACAGGGGGGUGGGGGUGUACAGGAGCAAUAAAAGGAGAAACUGAGG